GAAAUUGAGAAGAAAGAAAAUUUUGGAUUUUGUCGUCAUUUAUUACAUGCUUUCCCUUCCACUUGGCUUGGCUUGGCUCUCUACAUCAUUUCAUUUCAGUUCCAUAACAGAAAAAAGAAAAAAAUAAUAAUAUUUAAAUAAAUAAAUAACGCACGUUGAUCGUUGAUUUAUCAUCACCUGUGUCAUUUUCUGCCCUAACUACUACUACUCCCUUCUCAUACUCCGCCAUUAAUUUUUUCCCUCUCUCUCUCUCUCUCUCUCUGUGUACCUUUGCUCCUCUUGAUCGGUAUUUGAUUAAAUGCCGAUGAGAGUGUGUGACGUGUUUCUAUAGAUACUCCUUUUGGCAUUUGCAUUUGCAUUGAUUGAUUGAUAGAUAUGGAUUUAGCCUGUAGUAUCCAGCAACCUAAUGCUUUUCACGGCAGUGAAGUAACGUGUUAUAGGGUACCAGGCAGAUUAUACUCUAGCUCGAGAUAUAGAAGCUUUCGUUAUAAUGUUGUUGAUCCAAGCAUUGUUUUGAAAGAUAGGUCCUCAAAGAAGAGAAGCAAAAUAUUAGCAUAUAAUGGUUCUUGCUUGAAUUCGAGUUUGGUAUUUGGAAGAGGAUUUCAGAGUCAUUUAUCAUGUGCACAUUCGAAUAUUAGCUCAUUCUAUUGUAGUUUGGGUGGUGGUUUUAAUGUGUUGAAGGGAGCUAAGUUGCAUUGUCAAGGUAAUGAUUCUUUAGCAUAUGUUAAUGGAAAUGAUCGAAUUGUUGAAUUUGUUGAGGGUAGUGCUGAGAGCUCAAGAGUGGGGUCGGAGGAUGGUGUGGAGUUGAUUCGUUUGGGAGAGAACGAAGGAGAACAAAAGGAAGUGGUGGCGGAGGCAUCUAGUUUGGAUGAGUUAAAGGAAUUGUUACAGAAGGCAUUGAGAGAAUUAGAGAUUGCAAGGCUUAAUAGUACUAUGUUCGAGGAAAAGGCUCAAAGAAUUUCAGAAACUGCUAUAGCCUUAAAGGACGAGGCAGCAAAUGCUUGGGACAAUGUUAAUUCAACUCUUGACACGAUUCAAGGGGUUGUGAAUGAGGAGGCUGUUGCCAAAGAAGCCAUUCAAAAUGCAACAAUGGCCCUUUCGUUGGCCGAGGCCAGGCUUAGGGUGGCAGUAGAAUCUAUUGACAGUGCAAAAGGAGAGACUGAUUCCCCACAUGGUUCUGGAGUGAGUGAUGUGGUAAAAGAUAUUAGGAAAGAGGAUGAAGCACUUUCUGAUGCUCAGGAUGAAAUUAUAGAGUGCCAAAUGAAUCUCGGAAACUGUGAGGCAGAGCUAAGGCGUUUGCAAAGUAAAAAAGAAGAAUUGCAGAAGGAGGUGGACAGGUUGAAUGAGGUUGCUGAGAAAGCACAGAUGGAUGCUUUAAAAGCUGAAGAGGAUGUUGCAAAUGUUAUGCUCUUAGCAGAGCAAGCAGUUGCUUUUGAACUCGAGGCUACUCAACGGGUAAAUGAUGCAGAGAUUGCAUUACAGAGAGCAGAGAAGCUUCUCUCUAGCUCUUCUGUUGAUAAGGAAACCACCCAGGGGUAUGUAUCUGGCGAUGAGGCUGUUCGUGAAGAGGAGAAAUGGAGUGAAGGAAGGACUGCUGAUGAUGAAAAGGAAAGAGAUGCGUCUAUUGAUGCUGAUCUUUUAGUUGGUGAGCCUUCAAUAGAUGGAUUAUUGGAUAAAGCCAGCCAGAGUUCUAAAGAGUUAUAUCACUCAGAUGAUUCUAGUGAUUGUGAGAAUGGAAAACUGAAUUUGGACUCUCUUAAGGAAGUUGAAGUAGAAGCAGAAAAGUCAAAGAGUGGGGUUCAACCUAAAAAGCAGGAAAUGCAAAAGGAUAUUACUAGAGAGAGUUCAGCUUCACCUACUAAUUCUCCAAAGGCAUUGUUGAAGAAAUCUUCGCGAUUCUUUUCUGCGUCUUUUUUCUCUUUCACUGUAGAUGGGACGGAGCUCACGCCAGCAUCAGUUUUCCAAGGUCUUAUACAGUCAGCAAAACAGCAAAUGCCUAAGUUGAUUCUUGGGCUAGUGUUGUUUGGGGCAGGGGUUGCCUUUUACUCUAAUCGAGCUGAAAGGAGUACUCAGAUGCUUCAACAAACAGAUGUUGUCACCACCAGCAUUGAAGAAGUUUCCUCAAAUGCCAAGCCUCUGAUUCGACACAUACAGAAGCUCCCUAAGAGAAUAAAGAAGCUACUUGCAAUGCUUCCUCAUCAAGAGAUGAAUGAGGAGGAGGCAUCUCUCUUUGAUGUGCUGUGGUUACUGCUUGCUAGUGUUAUAUUUGUUCCCAUAUUUCAGAAAAUUCCUGGAGGUAGUCCUGUCCUUGGAUACUUGGCUGCUGGCAUUUUGAUUGGCCCCUAUGGUCUCUCUAUUAUUCGUCAUGUGCAUGGGACAAAGGCAAUAGCUGAAUUUGGAGUUGUUUUCUUGUUAUUUAAUAUUGGCUUGGAGCUCUCUGUUGAAAGGCUUAGUUCCAUGAAGAAAUAUGUUUUUGGAUUAGGCACUGCUCAGGUCUUGGUGACAGCGGUGGCAGUUGGCUUGGGUUCUCAUUUUGUGUCUGGGUUGCCUGGCCCUGCUGCGAUAGUCGUUGGGAAUGGGCUUGCAUUGUCGUCCACCGCUGUUGUCCUGCAGGUGUUGCAGGAGCGAGGGGAGAGCACAUCACGCCAUGGGCGUGCUACAUUCUCCGUCUUACUAUUCCAGGAUUUGGCUGUUGUAGUCUUGCUAAUCCUCAUACCUCUUAUUUCACCAAAUUCAUCCAAAGGAGGGGUUGGAUUUCAAGCUAUUGCUGAAGCUCUUGGGCUGGCUGCUGUUAAAGCAGCACUUGCCAUUACUGCUAUAAUUGCUGGUGGACGCUUGCUGCUUCGACCAAUUUACAAACAAAUUGCAGAAAAUCAAAAUGCAGAGAUAUUCUCGGCUAAUACACUUCUUGUUAUUCUGGGGACUAGUCUCCUCACAGCCAGGGCUGGACUUUCCAUGGCAUUGGGGGCAUUUCUGGCUGGUUUGCUCCUCGCAGAAACUGAAUUUUCAUUACAGGUCGAAUCAGAUAUUGCGCCAUAUCGUGGCCUUCUAUUGGGUCUCUUCUUCAUGACGGUUGGAAUGUCUAUUGAUCCAAAGCUUCUUAUUUCAAACUUCCCAGUCAUUAUGGGGACACUGGGACUCUUAAUUGGUGGCAAGACUCUGUUGGUUGCUUUAGUUGGUAGACUUUUUGGUAUUUCAAUCAUAUCUGCAAUAAGGGUUGGUCUUCUUCUUGCCCCCGGUGGAGAGUUUGCAUUCGUGGCUUUUGGUGAAGCUGUUAAUCAGGGCAUAAUGUCUCCUCAACUGUCAUCUUUGUUGUUUCUUGUGGUGGGGAUCUCAAUGGCUCUCACACCUUGGCUAGCUGCUGGAGGUCAGUUAAUUGCCUCACGGUUUGAGCAGCAUGAUGUACGAAGUCUGUUACCAGUUGAGAGUGAGACAGAUGAUUUACAGGAUCAUAUUAUUAUUUGUGGAUUUGGACGCGUUGGCCAGAUUAUUGCACAGCUUCUCUCGGAACGACUGAUUCCAUUCGUUGCUCUUGAUGUGAGGAGUGAUAGAGUGGCAGUUGGGCGUGCCCUUGACCUUCCGGUGUUUUUUGGAGAUGCUGGUAGUCGAGAGGUCCUUCAUAAAGUUGGUGCUGAAAGAGCAUGUGCUGCAGCAAUAACUUUGGAUACUCCUGGUGCAAAUUAUAGAACUGUUUGGGCACUGAGCAAGUAUUUUCCAAAUGUGAAGACCUUUGUCCGUGCUCAUGAUGUUGACCAUGGCCUUAAUUUGGAAAAGGCAGGGGCUACAGCGGUUGUCCCUGAAACAUUAGAGCCAAGUUUACAGUUGGCAGCUGCUGUUCUUGCACAGGCUAAACUGCCCACGUCGGAGAUUGCAUCAACUAUAAAUGAAUUUAGGUCCCGCCACUUGUCUGAGCUUACAGAGCUAUGCGAAGCUAGCGGAAGUUCUCUUGGUUAUGGGUUUUCUCGCAAACCCAAAGCUCAGCUUUCUGACCCUUCAGAUGAAAACCAAGUCACUGAAGGAACUCUAGCAAUAUGAAAAUUGCCUAAACCCGUUAAAAGAAAAAAAAAAAAAAGGAAAAAGGAAACAAGAAAAUCAUUAUUAUGAGAAAAUGUAUAGUGCAAUUACAUGUUUCAUUGCCAUAAUUGUACAGAAAAUAUACUGAAAGAGGCAAUAACCACUCUAUUGAUCGAAGUUUUCGUUCGAUAAAAUUUUGAUAAGACCUUUGAUGAAAAGGUGCGGAGGUGGAUACUUUCUGUUGUCUCUAUUGGACUCUGUUUAAUGAGAAGACACUGCAAAAACAGCCCGCUCCCUGGAAUCUUGGAGUUCUCCAACAUUGUUCGAUCUGUUCAAAUUUCUUUCGAUUUGUAAUUCCUGCUAUCCCCAUCACUUGCGAUUGUAUUUGAAUGUCCGGAGAAACUUGACAACUCCAGAGUUUGAAAUUUUGUGCUAGAUGUUCAUACUAACCCUACUAUACGUUUCCAUUGUAUAAUGAGAAUAUUUGUGGUA